UACAACCUCAUUUCAAAAUGAAGCCUUUUAUCUGGACCGUAGGUGUGUUAUUCUUCCUACUAAUGGGCACUGGACAUUGCAGAGGAGGACAGUUCAAAAUAAAAAAAAUACCCCAGAGAAGACACCCUCGUGCCACAGAUGGUAAAGAGGAAGUAAAGAAGUGUGCAUAUACGUUCCUGGUACCUGAACAAAAAAUAACAGGGCCCAUCUGUGUCAAUACCAAAGGGCAAGAUGCAGGUACCAUUAAAGACAUGAUCACCAGGAUGGACCUUGAAAAUCUGAAGGAUGUGCUAUCCAGGCAGAAGCGGGAGAUCGAUGUCUUGCAAUUGGUGGUGGAUGUAGAUGGAAACAUUGUAAAUGAGGUAAAGCUGCUGAGAAAAGAAAGCCGUAACAUGAACUCUCGAGUUACUCAACUCUAUAUGCAACUACUACAUGAGAUUAUCCGUAAGAGGGAUAAUUCACUUGAACUUUCCCAGUUGGAAAAUAAAAUCCUCAAUGUCACCACAGAAAUGCUGAAGAUGGCAACAAGGUACAGGGAACUAGAGGUGAAAUACGCUUCCUUGACCGAUCUUGUCAAUAACCAGUCUGUGAUGAUCACUUUGUUGGAAGAACAGUGCUUGAGGAUAUUUUCCCGACAAGACACCCAUGUGUCUCCCCCUCUCGUCCAGGUGGUGCCACAACAUAUCCCUAACAGUCAUCAGUACACUCCUGGUCUGCUGGGAGGUAAUGAGAUACAGAGGGAUCCAGGUUAUCCCAGAGAUGUCAUGCCACCACCCGAUCUGGCAACUUCUCCCACCAAAAGCCCUUUCAAGAUACCACCAGUAACUUUUCUCAAUGAAGGACCAUUCAAAGACUGUCAGCAAGCAAAAGAAGCUGGGCAUUCAGUCAGUGGUAUUUAUAUGAUUAAACCUGAAAACAGCAAUGGACCAUUGCAGUUAUGGUGUGAAAACAGUUUGGAUCCUGGGGGUUGGACUGUUAUUCAGAAAAGAACAGAUGGCUCUGUCAACUUCUUCAGAAAUUGGGAAAAUUAUAAGAAAGGGUUUGGAAAUAUUGAUGGAGAAUAUUGGCUUGGACUAGAAAAUAUCUAUAUGCUUAGCAAUCAAGAUAAUUACAAACUGUUGAUCGAAUUAGAAGACUGGAGUGAUAAAAAAGUUUAUGCAGAAUACAGCAGCUUUCGUCUGGAAUCUGAAAGUGAAUUCUAUAGACUGCGUCUGGGAACUUACCAGGGAAAUGCAGGGGAUUCUAUGAUGUGGCAUAACGGUAAACAAUUCACCACACUGGACAGAGAUAAAGAUAUGUAUGCAGGAAACUGUGCCCACUUUCAUAAAGGAGGCUGGUGGUACAAUGCCUGUGCACAUUCUAACCUAAAUGGAGUAUGGUACAGAGGAGGCCAUUAUAGAAGCAAGCAGCAAGAUGGAAUUUUUUGGGCUGAAUACAGAGGCGGGUCAUAUUCCUUGAGAGCAGUUCAGAUGAUGAUCAAGCCUAUUGACUGAAGAAAGACAGUCCCCAAAUUAAGAGACAUAGACUCUGUAUUUUUCAGUUCCUAAAAAUG